CAUCCAAACUGCCAAGGAACGGCGUCGACUCGGCGAAACUCGACGCCGUUUGCAGCUGCCCCUGUGCCCAAUCAUCGCCACUACUGCAGCUGAUCUGCUGUCAGCACUGCAAAUCAGCAAUUCAGCGUAAAAGAACUCUGUGUCAGUAGUAGGCAAAAGCCAACUGUUUCUUCGUCUACUCUGAAGGCCACUUGUGAUUUAUUAUAAUCCUUGAGCCUAAUAGAACCGAUUAACUGCUACCAUUGAUCAAUUUGUUUAAGUCUCGCAUUUCUAACCCUGCCUAUAAAUACACCUGCUCCUUGAUGCGCUUCUUCCUCAUUCAGAUAUCUUAGCUUCCGAUCGAGAUCAAGCAGCUAAUUCAUCGGCAAGAACUAGCUGACAAGCGUAAGCAUUGAUGAAGAGGUUUGCGGUCCAGGAGGGCGAGAUGGCACGCGUGCUGAUGCUCAUGUCGCACGGCCAGGAGCCGGCGCUGCCGCUGCUGCCGGUCGCCGGGCGCGGUGACCGCGCACCGGAACGGGUGUUCGUCUGCAAGACGUGCAACCGCACGUUCCCGUCGUUCCAGGCGCUUGGCGGCCACCGCGCCAGCCACAAGAAGCCGCGGCUGGACGGCGACGGCGACCCCUCGCUCGCCAAGCCCAAGCUGCACGGCUGCUCCAUCUGCGGCCUCGAGUUCGCCAUCGGCCAGGCCCUCGGCGGGCACAUGAGGCGCCACCGCGCCAUGACGGGCGGCAUGCCGCCGGCGACGACGAUCGUCGUGGACAAGAAGCCCGACGUCAGCAUCAUCCACGACGACAGCGUCAAGCGCGGGCUCUGGCUCGACCUCAACCACCCGCCCUGUGACGACGGCUGCGACGCGGAGGCGGAGUGCGGCCACAAUGCCACCGCAGGGAUCACGUUCCAUCAGUUCCUGGACACCGGGACCAUGGCCGUGGACUGCCUUGGCUACUAGAUACCACCAAGCUCCACGAUUCUUCUACUACUUCCCAACUUCUUUUUUUCUUUUUUGGGACCUUCAUUUUCUCACUUUCUUUUAUGUGGAGAAAUCCACAUUUUGUAGCACUAGUAGAGGUGCCUAAUGCAUGCAUGGAUCAUGCAUGGAAGGUUUUGGGGGUGUCUUUGAGACGCUGUGCUGCUUUGGUGGUUAAUUUGGAGGCCUAAUUGCUACCAAAGAUAGCUGAGUUACCUUGGGUUUCAUGUUAUUAUGGAUAAAAAACCCUUUGGUCAAAUGGCUUUGAUGUAAUUAUUUAAUCUUAGAAAGAUAUAUAUAGAGCUUGUGGCUUUCUUCAGUUGGUAA